AUGAAUAAAAAAUUAGCUAAUACAUAUAACCAAAUAUCUGAUGUUUUUUCCAGAGCUUAAAUAAAAAAUGCUGUCGAAUCUCUUGAUAACUAUCAUGAUAGACUUAAGUUAAUUGACUCAAUUAUUGACAGAAGACAGUAGAUCAGAUAAGCAAAUGACUUAUCUAAAAUUACCAAAUAUGCUCAUAUUUUUAGGAAGAUGAUCCAAAGAUAUCGGAAUAAAAAAGAAGACUAAGCUGCUCAUCAAAGACUAUAAAUGUAGAUGGUCAUGAGUAUGUUUGCUCCAAAGGGCAAAUCGUCUUCACCAAGGCACUUAUACAAAAAUCUAGAAUAAAGGAAGAUUGAUCCCCAUUAAUUGAAAAUCAAGGAGAUUUCAGAAUAGCGAAGAGAUGCUGUGCAACUCAAAUUGAAUAGGACUUCCAAGAUCUCUAAUUUUCAUUCGGACAGAAAGUAUAACAAUUAGCUAAACAAUACAAAGGAAGGUUGUCGAUAUUCGAGCAGAACUCAACGAUUCUUGAGCUCCAUUGAUGUCGAUGACCAAUAUUAAGAAAAGGAAUUGUAUCUAUGGAGCGUAGACGACAAAGAAAUUAAAUCAUUACAAAGUAAGAUUAAAUAAAGUGUUAUUCUUAAAACCAGAAUAAACCUUAAUCAAAAUACCAAAGUAUGAAAUUCAACUUACUUAAGGAUAAUGAGAAUGCCUUAAAACUGUUCUCAAAGUAACAUUGUACUUUAUCUCGAAGAUAAUAUAAGCCCUAAUCCUAACCUCAACUAUUAGAUCUCGGUGAUAAAGAUUAAGACACAUAAAAAUACGAUCAAAUGUAGAAUCUCAUAAGUCAAGAAGGAUCUUACUUAUCAUAUUCCGAAAAUCGACUGAACUAGCUCUACAAAAAGUCUUUCUAAAUACAAACAAAUUCCCAAAGCCAGCAUAACUUCCAGAGAUUAAUCAAAACCAACAAAGAAAUCAUAGAACUAUCAAAGAUUAAAUUAGCACCUUAAAAGCACUGA